AUUGAUCAAGAUGUGAAUGUUGGUCGGAACGGCUUUUGAGUGGGCUCGAACUGGUCCAGGGCAUUGGCGAUUGGUGAGAGAUUGUGUUUGUUUACAGUCAAUCGCAUUUCGCAUUGUCCGUCCACAACAGAAAACUGAAGGAAAUUGCCUUUAAAUGCCGCUUUUUUGCCACAAUAUUUCUUUGUACUGGCCUCACAGCAGCUACACAAUGGCUCUCCCAAAAGAGGGGAAAAAGAUCGAUGAAACAAGUACAAGAGAACGAGGUCACCCUUCUGCCUUCACUUGGAACAGUCCUCGUUAAGACCGGGCAUGAAGGUUGUCAUAAAGGCCCCAGAUGUUGGAUCAAUACGCAUUUGGCACAAGCAUGUUAUUUAGGGGUACAAAGGUACAGAAGGGGGAAAAGGUGUCCAGUUGAACACAACAUGGCGGACGAGGAAACGAACCUAGUGGGAACCUCGUUCUCUUUAGUUCGAUACAAUAACCCUGUGCUGAUCGACAAAAAGGCCGCUCCCUUUGGAACCCCAUCGCAAGUGACCACCCGGCCUAAGAGUGCGGGUCAACUACCCAAUGAUGCCACUCUAAGUGACGGCAGUGACACCCCUAAGCCCAAAACCGAGACCGAUGAGAUCUUGGACGCCAUUUUACCUCCCCGAGAAUGGGAUGAAGAUGGACAAUUGUGGCGCCAAUCUGUAUCAGCAACACCGGCCACACGGUUGGACGUUAUCAACCUUCAGGAACAAUUAGAUCAAAAGCUACAACAAAGACAGGCCAGAGAGACGGGGAUCUGUCAAGUCCGGCGCGAAUUGUAUGCUCAAUGUUUCGAUGAACUGAUCCGCCAAUGCACGAUCAACUGUACCGAGAGGGGUCUAUUGUUGCUCCGAGUGAGGGAUGAGCUUCGGAUGACGUUGCAUGCCUACCAAACUCUAUACGAGUCGAGUAUCGCCUUUGGCAUUCGAAAGGCUCUCCAAGCUGAACAGGGCAAAACGGAUAUGGAGAGCACCAUCGCUAGAUUGGAAGAGGAAAAGGCCAAUUUGGAGAAAGAAGUAUCAGAUUUGAAACGUGGGUGCGAGAUGAUUGAAAAGCGAGCGGCUGAACAAAGGAUCGCGGAUGAGAAGAAUCACGGCGAAGAGAUCAACUUCUUGAAGCGGACCAAUCAGCAAUUAAAGGCUCAAUUAGAAGGGAUUAUAUCACAAAAGAAAUAA